GGCGUUGCUCCGCUGCUCUGCUGCUCUCGUUGGUUUCUGCUCAUUGUGCGACUUCGGCGAGAGAAAUUUCCGCUUCCUGCACCGACAAACACCAGCAGCCAAAACACACCGAGCACACAGCAAGUUCUGCGCAGAGACGGGAGAAGGACGCCGGGAUUCUCCGCCUGCUUUCGGCUCUAAAACCUACCGUGACGACCGCAAUGUUUCCACUCUUAGACUAGCACCGAGCGGAGCAACUUUCCGUUCGCACCGAGAGGACCGUGAAAAAAUAAAGAAAGGAGGAGAAGAAGCACCGACGGCGGCGACGGCAGAAGGACACCACGCACACGGAGCAGGCAGCCUACCUACCGCGGGUAUUCCCCCCGUUAAGCUCCGUCUGAAAGUCCCCCUCCAGCCUCCAGCAUGUCGGAGCGAGGAGGGCUCCCGCGGACCGGGGGCGUCCCUUCGCCGCACAUGCAGCCCUCCAAGCCGGUCAGCAUCACCUCCAACCGGCCGGUCCACAUGAACCUGUACGCUACCUGGGAGGUGGACCGCUCCUCGCCCAGCUGUGUGCCGAGGCUGUUCAACCUGACCCUGAAGAAGCUGAUCAUGCUGAAGGAGCUGGAUAAAGACCUCACUUCAGUGGUCAUCGCUGUCAAACUGCAGGGCUCCAAGCGAAUCCUGCGCUCCAACGAGAUCCUGCUGUCCUCAGCCGGGCUGACGGAGACUGACUUGCAGCUCACCUUCUCCCUGCAGUACCCACACUUCCUGAAGAGGGACGCCAACAAGCUUCAGAUUAUGUUGCAGCGGCGGAAGCGAUACAAGAACCGGACCAUCCUGGGCUACAAGACCCUGGCCCUGGGCCUCAUCAACAUGGCCGAGGUGAUGCAGCAUCCCAGCGAGGGCGCUCAGGUUCUGGGUCUCCACAGCCAGCUGAAGGACGCCUCGCUGCCCGUCGCCGAGGUCAGAGUUUACUCUCUGUCCAGCCAGCCCAUCGAUCAUGAGGGACCCAAAGCAAAGAUGUCUGAUCGUUCCCCAGACAUCGACAACUACUCUGAAGAAGAGGAAGAGAGCUAUUCAUCAGAGCAGGAAGGCAGCGAUGACCCAAUUCAUGGACAGUAUCUGUACGACGAAGAAGAGGAGGUGAGGAAGAAGAAGCCGAGGCGCAAGCUCCCUUCCAAUGCUGCAAUUACCAGGCAACCCAACAUCAAGCAGAAGUUUGUUGCCUUGCUGAAAAGGUUUAAAGUCACUGAUGAGGUUGGUUUUGGCCUGGAGCAUGUGUCCAGAGAGCAGAUCCAGGAGGUGGAGGAGGACCUGGAUGAGCUGUACGACAGCCUGGAGAUGUACAACCCCAGCGACAGCGGGCCGGAGAUGGAGGAGACCGACAGCAUCCUCAGCACACCCAAACCCAAGCUUAGGCCUUUCUUUGAGGGAAUGUCUCAGUCCAGCUCACAGACGGAGAUCGGCAGUCUGAACAGCAAAGGCAGUUUGGGCCGAGACACUUUCAGCCCGCAGGGGGAGCAGCCUCCGCUAGAGAAGAUGAAACCCUCCCGCAGCCGCAACCUGGAUGACGUCCCGUCUGAGACCGACACGCUGGAGCUAACAGACCAGGAGCUGUUUGCUGAGGUGGGCCCCUGCAUCACAGUGUCUGUGGCCGAGAAACCCCGUACACCCCUGAAGAGCAGCAAAAGUGAAACCCAGCCCAUGGCUUCACCAAGAUUGGACGGAGGCCACACGCCCAGACAGAAGCGCAGCAGCACUCCGAUGAAGGAAAGACAGCUUUCCAAACCUCUCAGUGAGCGAACCAACAGCUCAGACUCUGAGAGAUCCCCAGAGCUGGGACACACCACACCGGUCCUGAGGAAGGCGGUGUACGAUCAGCUGAAUCAGAUUCUGUUGUCGGACUCGGCGCUCCCAGAGAGCCUCAUCCUGGUCAACGGCACAGACUGGCAGGGGCAGUAUGUUGCAGAGCAGCUCCAGGUACAGAGACACCCGGUGGUCUGCACAUGUUCGGCCGCUGAGAUCCAGGCGGUGCUGUCGGCUGUGCUCACUCGCAUCCAGAAAUUCUGUAACUGUAACUCGUCCAUGCCCAGAGCGGUGAAGGUGGCGGCGGUCGGCAGCCAGAGCUACCUGGGAGCCAUCCUGCAGUUCUUCGUCACUCAGCUCGCCAACAAGACGUCCGACUGGCUCAACCACAUGCGCUUCCUGGUGGUGCCUCUGGGCUCUCAUCCUGUUGCGAAGCACAUUGGCGCCCUUGACAACCGCUACAGCUCCUCCUUCCUGGACGGGGCUUGGAGGGACGUGUUCAGCCGCUCUGAGCCGCCACAGACAGACCAGCUGGAUGUAGCGGGGAGAAUCUCCCAGUACAUCAGUGGAGCCACAGUCACUCACCAGCUGCCCAUCGCCGAGGCCAUGCUCACCUGCAAACACAGGACGCGAGAUGAAGACUCCUACCAGAAGUUCAUUCCUUUUAUUGGGGUGGUGAAGGUUGGCCUGAUCGAGUCUGGUCCGUCUCCAGCAGGAGAUGCAGAGGAGGGCGUGGCAGUGAGCUUGGCCGUCCCCUCCACAUCUCCCCCAUCCCACGGCUCCCCCACAGGGAUGAUCAAAGAGACAGCCACACCCCCCUCCUCACCCUCUAUGGGCAGCGUCCUCACAGUACAGGGGAGCCCCAGCAUGUCUCACGGCGUGGACGCCAUCGGCCUGCAGGUGGAUUACUGGCUGGCCUCUCUGGCGGAGAAGCGCCGGGAAGGCGAGCGGCGCGACACGGGCUGCAAGAACACGCUGAAGAGUGCCUUCCGCUCGCUGCAGGUCAGCAGGCUGCCAGGAGGAGGCAGCAGCGAUCCGCAGGCGCAGGUCAGCACCAUGGCCAUGACGGUGGUCACCAAGGAGAAGAACAAGAAAGUUCCCACCAUCUUCCUGGGAAAGAAGCCCAAAGAGAAGGAUGUGGACUCCAAGAGCCAGGUCAUUGAAGGCAUCAGCCGACUCAUCUGCUCUGCCAAGCAGCAACAAACCAUCCUGAAAGUGUCCAUAGAUGGCGUCGAGUGGAAUGAUGUUAAGUUCUUCCAGCUGGCCGCCCAGUGGCCCACUCACGUCAAAUACCUGCCUGUCGGACUUUUCGGCUACAGCAAACCUCCCUCUUAGGGCUGACCUCUCUGACCCCGACCUGACCUACGACGCUCCUCGAUCCUGUCACAUCUUUGCGCACAGACGCCGCCCCUUAGAGCCGAGAGAAGACGUCAGGCGGCUGGAUUAUCUCCAUUCUUUAAUUUCAUUUUAGCCGUCUUGUUUCUCUUUGGGGAGGAGGAGGAGGAGGGUGGUGCUGGGGUGCAGCGCUGUUACUAGUCACUUUAAUGCCCCUUAUUGCGUGUCUGUGUGUGCAGUGAGUGUGCAUGCACACGUGAAUGUACAGUAUGUGUGUUUAUGUGAGUGUGUGUGUGUGUUUACAAGGGGGUUACAGCACAAGUUUAUUAGCUAACUGCCAUUUCCGUUCUAUGGAAUGCAACAGCAUGCAACAAGUCACCGUUUUCAAGCCCUUACAGUCCGACCCUCAAAACUCUGACCCCUUCAAAGCCACCGCAAGAUCCGAUCCACACGUGCAUGCUCCUGACUAGCAGAUACACCACUCAUGUGCCACAAACAGUAACUCAAAACAAACAGCCAUGCAACAGGGCUUCGGUGUUUGCAUGAGCCAGUAAAAACACAAACAGAAGUCUCCUCCGCUCACAAAAUGCAGUCAAACAAAAGGCCGCCGUGUUGUGAAAUUUUCCCGCGAAACAAACUCCCCUCAAAGCAGACCCUUUCAUUUUGAUUUUAUUAAUUUCAAGGGCUUCCAUGUAACAGUUUUAAAUAUUUUCUCUGUACCAAAAUGAGUCAUUUGGAUGUCUUAAUGCCAAACAAAAAUGAAAAAAAUAUACAAAUAAAUGGGAAGUGUCUUUAUUUUAAUUGUACUCGCGUGAAAAAUAGUAAAAACCUUCCCUUUAAAGCUGUUUUGUGAUGCAUAGUGUAUGUUAUUGUGAAGAGUUCCAAGAUUUCAGGGCAGGAGCUACUAUAAUGUGCAGAUUUCUUUUUUCUUCAUUUGCUAUGCACUUAUGAAUGCGGAUUACUGGCGAAAAUAAAUCAACUCCCUUAACAGCAGAUCCAAAUAAAUAUGCAACCAGAAAUGUUUAAGAAGUCCAAAACUCAGCAGCAUUGAUUGGAAUAAGAUGGGGAAAGCGUGUUUUUAUCCCUGAUUAAAUUCUGCUUUUCUAUGAGUACCUAUACAGUAAGAAUGGGAGUUAAUUGCCCACAAUGAAGCACAAUGUCGCCAGUUUGAAAACCCUGAAAACCCUCACUUUGUCGGCAACAGACUGGCAGCUUUCUUUUCGGUGAAAACAGCAGACCUGGUCGAAGUUGACGUUCUUUGAGCCAUUCCCUUUUUCAGUUUCGCCUCCUUAAAUAACCAUUUAACCAGGAAGCAGUCGGGUUGGUUAUUUUGGCACAGGUGUGCUUCGUGCUUUUCCGUAGGAUGUCGUGAGGUGAUUCGUGAGUGUACAGUGACAAGUGUGUGAGUGUACGUGGUGAAAUCAAUGUAAUGUGGUCAGAAACUUUGAAAAAAAAAAUCACUUAAGGGGAGAAAUAGUUUUUCUACUAUGUGACAGAGGGCAUGCAAUUGGUGUGUGAGUGUGUGUGUGUGUGUUGACACUGAUGUGUUCUUCAAUAUCACUGAUUAGGGCUGUGAAAGCUGCAGUGUUCACUUUGUAGGCUGGCACAAGGAGAACUACAUUGCAAUUUAACUUCAAGUUUAAAGGAAAAAUGAAAUAUUUAAGCUCAACUUUGGUGCAAAUUUUAUAAUAAUUGGGUCAAAACAAGCCUGUGCAGCUCCGCCUUGUGUCGCCUGCAUCGUAACAUUCUCCAUCUCCGGUGAAGUAUUUGCAAAAUAGUCUCUUUUUAAAUAGUGUUAAUGCCAAUGCCUUGAUUUAAAAGCUGUUUGUUUGAAGAUAGGUUAGAGGAUUUUUUUUUUUCCUUCCUGUGUCAAUGUUCCAGUGUUACAGUUGUGAGUCAAGCAGCACGUCUCAUUUUUCUGCACCUGUUACACGAGGUUUCACACUGAAGGCUUUCAAGCUGCCUGCUGGUUUGUUGCCUCUCCGUUUGGUUAACAGCUCGACUGUCACCGCCGAGCAAACACUGGUGGAUUUGAAGCAUCCAAAGUUCCAAAUAUGUGAAUGUAUUGAACUUAGUUUACAUGUUCUUUGUGAGUUUUUUUUUUUGAGAUGAAAAUAAAGAUGACAGAAUUUUAGAAAGCUCCUCUGCAGACAUUUUCAAGUCUGUGUGAGCACUUUUCUGACUAAAUGACCACCAAAAAAAAAACAACCUUUUGAACACAGCCCUCAUGAAACCUUCAGUGUUUUUCCUAAAGAAGGGCUAGACUGAUACAGAGGCUGGGUUUUAAUUGUUCCUCGAUAUCAGUGAGUGUUGAUGUACUGUAGUUUGAUAAAGAAGUAGCUCGAUCCAAUCUAAUAACGGGAGGUUUCGAUCACAAAUUACCUACCUGUGAAAAUACUGGCAGAAAAUUCAACUUGAGACCUUUUGGUACUGCUUUAGAAUAUUGUACUAACAAAGGUUUUUUUUUAAUUUGUCGCUAAUUACUUUCAUCGGUAUCAAUAAAUCUUUUAAAUGAGUAAGUGAUACAUGAAGGAAAACAGAUUUGUCAGUGGGGUCCCUCUGGUUCUUUUAUAAUGCAUUUACAGUUUGUUUUUAAAGCUGCCAUUAUCAACAUUUUAUUGGUGACUUCAGUAUGUGGAAUUUGAAGGGGGUUCUUUGCAGGUUAAAAAAAAAAGAAAAACUACUCAUAUGUUCCUCUCAGCUCUACAGAGCAUGUUGGUGUCUUUAAAUCUGUUGUUUUGGCAUCAGGGGCUUCAGCUUCAAUUGAAUUUGCUCAUAUUGCGUCACUUUUUAUUACUUUAAGCAAAAUACAAGCAGCCAGAUGGUGAAAAUAGAGAAGGCCAAGUUGGUGGAGACCAAAACCGAGUAAAAAUUGGGCUGAAUUUUUAACUUUAUUUCCGCAGAUGAACACAAUCACAGCUCCAAAAGUAAUCAUUGUACUUGAUGUUUGCUAUAAGAUUCACCAACAAUUGUUUCUUGAAAUUCUGACAUUGUAUUUUCACCGUGUUGUUGCUGCCCCCGUGUGGCCAAGAAAUUCAAGUCAUAAUGCUUUUUUACGAUCAUUAUAAUGUUGGCGCGGAUGUUGUAAUGACAAUACAGACUGUAUAGUACAAAAUUAAAUCUAAAUGUAUGUUGUAAAUGAACCAGAGGGAUCCUUCACCAAAAUCUGGCAACCCAAAAUGUAACUUUCUGCAUUCUAAUAGCUUUUUGCCAAUCUGCUAUCCUGUGUAUAAAAUUGAAACUUUAUAAAAUCAAGGUGACUUGUAAGCUUUUUUUUUUUUUAAAGUUAUUGUAAAAGGUUGUUGUAUUCUUAAAUUUGAGAAAUGAUCCAAAAUGUAUACAACAUUUGGAAAGAAAGCUUCAACUUUUUUACUAAAAUCGUAGAAGAUCUAGCCUCCACUGACACACGAUGAUCUUUGCCUUGUGGCGUUGACAAACUGUUGCAAUCGUGAUUUCCUAAAUUGUAUAAAAUCGUGAUUUAUUGACGUCGCUUUUGCACCCAAAGAGGAGGUAGAUAGAAAUGAAAUAUAUUCCGCUUAAUGAGAAUCACUGCCAAAUCUAAAAUGUGACAAAAUUAUUGCAUUAAACCAGAUCUGCAGGUUUUUGGAGUGCUGAUGAGUGCAAACACAUUACCAACAAAGUGAUCCUUGUUUUAAAGUCGUCAUUUCAAUGUUUGGAGGAACUGAACGCAUCACAGUCGCAUUCUGCAGCUUUUUCCACCUUAAAACCACAUUUUCCUCUCAUUCUUACCAGUUCCAUUUUUCCCUGCAGUGUCUUAGAAGAUGCCGGUUGUUCUGUAUGCGAGUCUUAAACUUGUUGCCGUGUGUUUUUCUUACCUGUACCUCUGUACCCGUGUUGACCUGUGUUUGUGACGCUGUAAUGAUGGUUCCUCUGUCCUUGACUAGUCGUGGUUAGAGAUUAGGAGCUGUUCGGUCAAUCAAUAAUCUCCGUCAGUGAUCAGCAGUGUCUUUUCUCUCCGCCGUCCUCAGAAAUAUGUCCCUCUGAUGAUGAGAGAGUCUUCUUCACCAGGCUUCCACAAGCUCGCCCUUCUAAAAACAAACAAACAAAAAAAACGUCCCCAUUCCCUCACAGCUUGUAAAUUUGCCAUCUGUCCUCGUGGGAACGGGAUUUGCCUGAGAACGCAGUAGUUUCUGCUCAGAGCAGAGCAUCCAGAGCUUGUGGACUUGUGGAGAGUAAUUUGCACAUGCCAUCGUCUCUUCAGCAGCAGUCUUGAGCUUUUUUUUUUUGCCUUUUGCCUAUAACAAUAAUUAUAAUAAGCAAACUAUGACGCUUGUACAUAUCAGAUAGUACUUGUUAUAUUGUAUUCUAGUUCUUUUGUUUAGUUUUUCUUAAUUUGACAUGUUUUGUAGUACUGCUUUUUCAUGAUUACGUUUGUCAAUCAAACAGAUGUGGGAUGAAAAGUGGAAGUGUUCAUUGUUUCAUUUGUUUUUUAAAAUAAAAAUAUUCCUGAUUUGUA